CACACACAUAGGCAAGACAGAAUCAAGAAAUUAAGGAUUCAGAGAGAAAGAGAUGGCAAAAGAGUGUGAUCAUUUGUUGAGAGGAGGGAGAGGAGAGGAAAAAUACAGUCAUGGGUUUUCUUCAUCUGAAAUGGAGUCACUGGCUAGCCUAUUUGAAACCAUUAUCCCUCCUGUGCCAAAUAGUGCUCAAUUGGAGGCCAAUGGAGACCAACCCAACCAGGAUGUGCAGUCCUUUUAUGGACUCUCUGGCUCUCAAGAUCAUCUGCCUGAUAAGGCUGCAGAGCUUUUGAUGAAGAGGGGAUUGAAGAGAGCAAUUGUGAUAGUGAGACUGAUUUUGUGGCUUCUGAGUACAAGGUUGGGGACUUUUUUGCUUUGUGGGUCAAUCUGUUUUGGUGAGAAAUGGCCUUUUAUGAAGAGGUUCUCAUGUAUGGAGAUAGAGAAGAGGGAGAAAGUUUUGCAGAAUUGGUUCAAGAACAGAUUCUUGCCCCCUAUCAGAGCUGCAUUUUUUUAUAUCAAAAUAUUGUGUGUCUACAUCUUCUACUCCCAGAUUGAUGAAGAUGGUGACAAUCCAUCAUGGAAAGCCAUUGGAUAUCACCCAGAAACUAAUGAAAGACCGUCUCAAGGUCCAAAAGAGAGACCCCUUGGAAAGGGAACUGUGGAGACUAUGCAUGAAACUGACUCAACCUUUCUAAACUCCCUAAGCCAAAAAGGUAUCAGAGUUGCAUUGGAUGCAAAAGAGAACCUGUACAGGAUCAAGUGUGAUGCUGUGAUUGUUGGCUCUGGUUGCGGUGGAGGUGUUGCAGCUGCAAUUUUAGCAAAUUCUGGCCAAAAGGUCAUUGUUCUCGAGAAAGGGAACUACUUUACUGAGGCUGAUUAUUCUGGUCUAGAAGGACCCUCCAUGGAUAAAUUGUACGAAUCAGGAGGGAUCCUUGCAACUCUUGAUGCCAAGCUGACUAUUCUUGCUGGAUCAGCAGUUGGUGGUGGUUCUGCUGUGAACUGGUCAGCAUGCAUCAAAACUCCCAGGCUGGUGCUGCAGGAUUGGGCAGAGAACCAUAAGAUUUCACUAUUUGGGAGCCUUGAAUAUAUUUCUGCCAUGGAUACCGUCUGCAAGAGAAUUGGGGUUACAGAAAACUGUGCUGAGGAGGGAUUUCAAAAUGAAGUACUGAGAAAAGGGUGCAAAAAUCUUGGACUUGAAGUAAAUACAGUUCCGCGAAAUUCUUCAGAGAAUCAUUACUGUGGUUCCUGUGGUUAUGGAUGUAAGAGUGGAGACAAGAAAGGGACUGACCGGACAUGGCUAGUUGAUGCCGUAAAUGGAGGUGCAGUAAUCUUAACUGGAUGCAAAGCAGAGAGGUUCAUACUAAAAGAUAACACGAAUGGAAGCAAAAGGAAGAAGAAAUGUCUGGGAGUUAUAGCACGAACACUAAGCAACACCAUCACAAAGAAACUACAAAUUGAGGCCAAAGUAACAAUCUCAGCGUCUGGGGCUCUUUUGACACCCCCUUUAAUGAUAUCCAGCGGAUUGAAAAAUCAGAACAUUGGUAAGAACCUCCAUCUGCAUCCUGUUUUAAUGGCUUGGGGAUACUUUCCAGAUUCAAAUUCAGAGCUCAAGGGGAAGUCCUAUGAAGGUGGUAUAAUCACGUCAAUUCAUAAGGUGCUUUCUGAAGGCUCCAACGUAAGGGCUAUAAUAGAAACCCCUGCACUAGGACCAGCAUCAUUUGCUGUAAUGUGUCCUUGGAAAUCUGGACUUGACAUGAAAGAAAGGAUGCUGAAGUAUGCAAGAACAGCUCACUUGAUAACUAUAAUCAGGGAUCGAGGGUCUGGGGAAAUUAAGGUAGAGGGUAUGAUAAGCCAUAAUUUGGAUAAAUUCGACAGAGAAAAUCUUAGGGCUGGACUGCAUAGGGCAUUGAGAAUUUUAAUAGCAGCAGGAGCUGUAGAAGUGGGCACCCAUCGAAGUGAUGGGCAGAGAAUCAAGUCCAAGGGGAUUACUGAAAGGGAUUUGCAAGAAUUCUUAGACACCGUUUCUGCAGUAGGAGGUGCACAAUCACUUGAAGAGAAUUGGACAAUCUAUAGCUCUGCCCAUCAGAUGGGGAGUUGCCGAAUGGGGAAAAAUGCAAAAGAAGGUGCAGUCGAUGAGAAUGGAGGGAGUUGGGAAGCAGAGGAUCUAUAUGUCUGCGAUGCAAGUGUUCUGCCAAGUGCUAUUGGUGUCAAUCCCAUGAUCACCAUCCAGUCCACUGCUUACUGCAUUGCAAAGAGAAUAGCAGAGUCAUUAAGAAACAAAGAUUGCUAAACUUCAAUUACCCCCACCCCCUUCUCCCCACAUUGCAUCUCUUCAUCAUCAUCAUAUCUACCAAUGCAUGAGAAAAUAAGUUAUCCAACAGGUUGUGUCAGAUUUAUUGUAGUUGUAAAAUGCAUGGCUGCAGCUUAUAAUAUGGUCAGCACUCAGCAGUAUUCACUUUA